CGGCGAGGGGAGCGGCGGCCCUCACCGGGUGGGCAGCGACGGGGCCGAUCCUCCUCCCGGCCCGAGCCGCCGCUUCCCCGAGGAGACGGGAGAAGGAGACAUGAAGCCACCUCUGAGGGACGGCGAAGCGCGGUGAGGGCUCCCACCGGCAUCUUGUCCCCUCCCGGCGGCCGUAAGGCCGUUCCCGCCGAAAUAAACCUUCAGGGCGGCGGGGGGCUCCGGCCGGGGCCGGUUCGCCCCGUCGAGGCCCCGCGGCCAUGAAGCUGCUGCGCCUGCUGUGCCGCCACAAGACGGCCCUGGGCCUGGGCGGCCUGUCGCUCUUCGCUGUGGUCCUGCUUUACCUGGCCAAGUGCACCUCUGAGGGGCUCCGGCCACUGCCAGCCCCCCGCGGGCUCCCACACAACCAGCCGGCCGCCCUGCCGCCACGGGGUGCCAGGGGGCUGCAGCCCCCCGCCGCCCCACCGUCUUCCCCUGAGGAGACCGCCUUCUUGGCCGUACUCAUCACCAGCGGCCCCAAGUACAGCGAGCGUCGCAGCAUCAUCCGCAGCACGUGGCUGUCGGCCGCCGGGCGUCCCCCUCACGAUGACAUCUGGAGCCGCUUCGUCAUCGGCACGGCAGGGCUCGGGGCAGAGGAGCUGCAUAGCCUGGAGCUGGAGCAGAGCCGCCACAGAGACCUCCUCCUGCUGCCAGAGCUGAGGGAUUCCUACGAGAACCUGACGGCGAAAGUCCUGGCCACCUACGUCUGGCUGGAUCUGCACCUGGACUUCCAGUUUGCCCUGAAGGCCGACGACGAUACCUUCGUGCGUUUGGAUGUGCUGGUGGAAGAGCUGAGAGCCAAGGAGCCACGUCGCCUCUACUGGGGCUUCUUCUCUGGCCGUGGCCGGGUGAAAUCUGGCGGCAAAUGGAAAGAGAGCGCCUGGGUGCUCUGUGACUAUUACCUGCCAUAUGCUCUGGGGGGUGGUUAUGUGAUUUCUGCGGAUCUGGUGCACUACUUGCGUCUUAGCAGAGACUACCUGAACAUGUGGCAGAGUGAAGAUGUCUCCCUGGGGGUUUGGUUGGCUCCCAUCGAUGUGAAGAGAGUGCACGAUCCUCGUUUUGACACUGAGUAUAAGUCCCGGGGCUGCAACAAUAAGUACAUAGUAACUCACAAGCAGAGCAUCGAGGACAUGCUGGAAAAGCACCAGACCCUGGCUAAGGAAGGAAAGCUCUGUAAGGAGGAGGUUAAGCUCAGGCUUUCCUACAUGUAUGAUUGGGGAGUGCCUCCUUCACAGUGUUGCCAGAGGAAGGAUGGCAUCCCGUGAAAGUCUGAGGAAGGAAAAGGCAGAAUGUUGAUGGACUCCCCGAGCUUGGUUGCUGUUAACUUGGGGAGGAAAAAAAAAUCCCAGUAACUAGGGCUUAAAAAUUACUCAAAAGAUUUUGCACGAUUCAUUACGUCACGAUCAAUGAAACCCUGAAACUGCUAAGAGCUACUGGUGUGGCGUGGUGCAGAGAUGGUUAAAAAGAAAUAGAUGACAAAAAGCCUGGAAAGGCUCAUACGACAGGAUUGAAGGCAAAUAAUAGGCUGAAAAAAUAGUACAGCAAAUUUGGGGGAGAUAACUUGGAUGAAAAGUUGCUGGAAGAUUUUUAACAGACCCUAAGAUUUAUUUGCUAAAGAUCGUGACAGGCCUUUGCGUUAUCUCUAAGAUUGUGAAGCUGGCAUCUGCUGUUUAUUUCUUGGCAAGGAACAAGUGUCAGUUUGGCAAGGUUUGGAGAUUUUAAUGGAGCCGCAAAUCAGUUGCUAAUGCCAGUGGGAGCAGGUGGCUGGUUAUUGACACAAGCAGUCAAGUGAAGGGAACAGUUUUACCUGGGAUGUUCCUCUUAGGGGAGGAAGAGAGAGUCUAUUCUUUGGCAAGUGCUCUGAUUUACAGGAAUAGAAUUAUUAGACCUUGUGUGUAACUUGUCUCUAAGGUUUUUUGUUGUUUUAAAGACAUCUUGUACAUAAAUUACCUGGCAGCUAUGGGGUAAGUCUAUAUAUAGACAGGUGGGUGAGUGAUGGUAUUUGGCAGAUAUAGAAUAUAUUACCUUCUUUUGGGGGCAAAUAGUUGUGCUAUGAAGCUAGCCUUCAGUUGUUAGGCAUAGGUGUUGUUCUCAGCUUAUCCUCCAAGCACACUGUGUACGAGGAAACAUUUCCCCUCCCAACAGUAAGUAAUCUCACUGACUACUAUAAAGUCUUCAGAUUUAUAUUGUUCUGGAUUACUUCUGUAAAACGUAAAUUUGGAAAAUUAGAUUGGUGGAAGCUAUUUGGAGUUCAAACAAGAUCACCCUAACAUGGGUACCUCAGCUAAGAAAGUAAACUCUGUUUGUAAUCAAGAUAAAUAGGUUCCCCCAGCCCCAGAUUCCUAUUUUAGGAGAUCCUGGCCUCUGUUCAGGAGCAACAUUGCAAUCUAAGGAGACUAAUCCCCCAACAGUUUAGAUGCCCAAAGCUAGGCUGUGUGGAUUCCCUCCUUCUCUCCAAUAACACCUUAGAGGGGAACUAACAAUAAUUUUAGGAGGUCUAAGUUAAUUGCUCAAGUGAUAAUGUCGGUAAGUGGGAUUAUAUCCCUUAGUCCUGUCUAUGCUACAAAUAAUUCUAGUACUGACAGAGCUUGUCAGCACCAGAUGCAGCAGUGAACAGUAAAAGCAGACAGGACAUUCUUGGCUGUAGAACAGAUCACUUACACUACUUCACCAUGUUACUUAUCUUCAGACUUUUAGGUAAGCCUGUAAUUCAAGCAUUUUUGAAUGGCAGGUGCUCUAAAAUACCUAAAUACUACUUUUUUUUUCCAGUACUAGUACAGAGCUGCUGACUUUCAGUAACCUUUGUCAGCAACAGAUCUUUCAGUAUAAGCAGAAUUUUACUUUUAUGCCUGAAGGGCAUUCGUAAUUAUCAGUUUUACUGUUUGUUGCACACUGCACUUUCAUACAAUUUCAUUUCCUCCCGAGUUCAGUGUCUGUUCUCACCUGCAGGAAAAGACAAACUGCAAAGGAAAAUUAAAGGGUGCCAAUGUCUCUGUAUUUUUCCUUCUUAAAUUAGCAAGUUAGCAAUUCAUACCAAAUGAAUCAGGGUUUUUUUGUUUGUUUUUCUCUUGUUUUGAUUAAAUUAUUGAGGAUUAAGAAAAAAAUCUGCAGAGGAUGAUAAUUCUCCGUUUUGAAAAUUUGAACAAAUCUUUGACUUUCUUCUAAAACAAAGUUAAAUUAAAAUACUGAAGAAAAAAAAGAAGUUACUUUAGCAUAUGUCCAUUCUAAUGCAUGCUUAUGUAUUGACAGAUAGGCAGCUGUUCUUUUCAGCAAGGUGUACUAUUCCAAAACAAGAAUUUAACAAGAUUACAGGAAAUUUGAAUCGGCUUUAGCAUUUAAAAAAAUCCAAACAUCUAUUUGCUAUUUGGGGUUCACUAGUGUUGUAUGUAUAUGUGUGAUUAAAUGCUUGUAAUGUGAGUAUUUAUUUAUAAUUCUUGAAAAUGUAUUAUGUAUAGGAAAAAUAAGAUAGUUAAAUGUCAUUGAAAUUUGUUUAAGAAGGUACUGUAACGUUUUACAUAUCAAGCAGUGCUUGAAUUUAUUGCUGUACAAGCCAUUAUUUAAAGUACUGAGAUCUGACCUGCAGAUGACAAGUCUGCUGCAUGUCUCUCAAGCUAGUAAGAAUGUACUGUUUGUCCAUUUUUACCAAUAACUGUGUUCAUGGAAGUUGUUUUCAUUGUUGACUUCGACUCUCCCUGCCCACAACCCCCAUCCCCACACCACCAAAAAAAAGCGUUUUUCAUACUGGCAAAAUUACUGGCAGAGAAGUGCUGGAUCUCCAUCUGAUUUUGACCCCGUGGAAGACAUUAUGCAUACAAGUACUUAAUAGCUAAGAAAUUGCCUUGAAGAUUUUGUCACACAGGUGUCAGGAACACGGUGUGUACCCCACAAUACCCAGCACAGCUGGUGCCUGAACGCUGCCGAGAUGAUGCUCAGAAACAGCAGAGUCCCCUCAUUCACUCCAAUAUUGGGUCCAACAUAGCUUUGUUACACCCUUUUCUGUUUAAGAUUACCCAUAUUUUGCUCUAUAUUUGCAAAACAAAUCAGCCUGGAAGGCAUGACAGGUUCUUUUCUUAUGAUAAGGGGGUUUAGUUUUCUUAAUAGACACCCCCUUCAUGCAAAUGCAGCACAGAUUCCAAUCCCAGUUAACUGGGAAACGCCACAAAAGUAAAACACAAAGGUUUUAGUCUGUUUUAGUGUUUUAAAAGCAAAUGGAAUCAUUUGGGAGAGAGCAGACAUCUCACACGUUGUGUGUAAAAACCUGGAAAAACAUUAACUAGUACAGGGUUAUUUUUUCUAUAUUUUACUAGAAAAAAUUUGCGUGUGAAAGACCUAUUGAUGUUACUCUGAAUAAUCAGGAGACAUCUGUCUAUUCAAUGAGUAAGUCACAGAAGUGUCACAAAAGUUUCAAAACUUACAGUUUCAGUCCAAAAUUCAUUUUGGAGACUCUUUUUUUUUCUAAAGCAAAAUAUAAAGCACAUUUUGAAUAACAUAUUAACUGAAUAUCUUAAAAGUAGUAAUUAAAGGUUUGUCUUUCAUACCUUCUCAGGACCAGGUUCCAUAUUUCCUGACAUCAGCUCAGAAGUCAAGGGUAUGAUGCUUUUCUACUUGAAAACUGUGAUGUAAUCUUUAUUACUCAGUGGGUCCAGUAUUUGGAGGAUGUUUAAGUGCUGCUGAGAAAUAAGCAGUUUUUGGCCUUUAUAGCAGCUAUAUCAGACUGGAAAGUUCUGCUGUGAGCCUUAGUGAAAACAAAGGUAUCCAGGAACAGAUUUAUCUUCUUUUUUGUAGCCAUUCUUAGUGGUGAUAGGUUAGUGAUAUCUUGGGCUAUUUACUUUAUUUAAAUAGUACUUCUGCUGGUUUCCAAGUUUUCAUAAAUACUUUCCAUUUUUAAUAUUGUUAAUAUGGGGAAAAAUGAUGACUUUGGCUUUUCUAGAUGUCGAUGUGUUAUGCGCUCUGUCAAGUCUGUAAGGUUACAUUAGCAUCCCUUCAGAACUACUACUGAGUUCAUCUCUGUAACACUAUUGAACUGUUUGUUAUUAAUUACAGAUUUCUUUAAAAAAAUACUUUUUAAAUCAGGCAUUUAGCAUUCUUCCAGAGCUAAUAGAUACAGCAGAGAAAUCAAUUGUUCAUGACAUCUCCUCUCCGUGAUCACAUCUAACACUUGAUACUGAAGUAUUUAAAGCUGACAAUGGCAUAAACUAGAAAGUUGAUUUUAUUUUCCAGUGAAUUUUUCUAAGUCAUGUGCAACAUGACUCAAUUUUGCUUUAAUGUGUAAAAAUAAGUAGCUUAAACAUUAAUUUCCAUAGUAAAUAAACCAAUGGUUCCACUUAAAAACCCUUCAAGCUUCUAGGAAUUCCUAUAGUCAGUUCAAGGUUAAGAAAAAAACCAACAAACUAAGCCCAACUUAGAAAUUACUAUUCCUGUAACUGAAUCCUUUCUUUUCUGAAUGUCUUGCCUUGUUGCUGUGAAGUUUGCUCAAAUACAGCUUCUACACAUCAUACUUUUUGACAAACGUUACAUUUUCUGCUCUUUUUUUGAGCAUUUAAAUGCCUAUUUCAUACCCGUUAACACUCACGUGUUGGGGGCCGGGAUGUUGGCUUUGCAGAAGUGAUGAAGAGCCCAGCAGGAAGAUGGGGGUGAUUAAGGGAAGGUGAUAAGAGUUGCAUUUCUAUUACUUUCUGUUCAGCUCUGGCAUCAGAGUUGCAAUACAGGUUUGAUAUUGCUGUUCCCUUGACAAACUGUCAACACCUUCCCUACUAUAUAUUUUAUUUAAGAACUCACUGCCUGCGAGACUCAAAUCUGUUGCUACAUGCACCUGUAAAAGCCAGAUAUAAAACCCUGGGACUGGAACGACUUUAUGCCAACACAAUAUGCCAAUUAUUACUUUCUAAUACAGAAUAUUUAGGUAAUGUCUAGUAAAACUUGGAAAGGGAUCUGUCUGUUACUUACAGCCUGUCUGAAGCUGGAGGAUGCCGCGUGCUAAGUGUGCCUUUAUGAACUGGGAUUAGUGGGGGGUACUGUGCUGAGUGGCUUUGCAACAAUUGAAUGAAAUUGCACAUUUUUUUUGCGGCCACACGUAACUUCCCCGUUUGGGGUUGCAGCGUGGCACUCGGUUUAUUUGCUCAGCAUUUAUCUAGGAAAUAAACUGCUAAGAAACCUGCAGCUGUCUGCGAUGAUGGAAACUCUUGGUAACUGCGCAAGCGUGUUGUAGGUGUAUUUAUGUCCUUUCAUGUAUGCCUUCAUUGGCCAAAGGAUCUGCGUGCUGUGAUUUUUAAUAAAAGACUUUUGCUGUA